ACAACGAUGGCUUUGUCGGUGAGGUUCAAGUACUCGGCAUUUACUAAACUUUCCUCGACUAUUUUACGAAAUUUUUCGCUUUCGUCUGUAAAUCAUCUUAAAGAGAUCAAAGAGAUCAAAACAAACGACACGCUGGUAGUCAAAGGAGAAUAUGUGCCUUCACCCCGACAAGAUAUGGUGAUUCCGCAGCUGCUCGAGGCACGUCAGAAUGGUGAACGGUUUUGUCCGCAGUGCACACUCGGACUGGACAUCAAGCACACCGACGUGCUUAUUCUCAGCCAAUACGUGCGGUCGGACGGAUGCAUGUUGCCGCGCCGGAUUACAGGAUUAUGUAAGCGGCAGCAACGGCGCAUGGGAGCCCUAGUAACGAUGGCACAGAAAGCGGGCCUCAUGCCAAAUCUAAAUCCAGCGACAAGCAAGAGAGAUCCCAAACAGCGGUACCAGUGGAAGAAGUACAACAAGUAUUUCGAUGAACAAACCAUUAAAUGUUAGUACCACUAGAGGAACCAGUCACAUAAAGUAG